UAAAAGUUGACAGUCAGACGUAGACAUAUAGCAACGAAACGAAAGAGUCGUUGUUAAAUGUUCGCAUGUCGAUCGAUUUUGUGUAUUUAAGUAGUAAUAUUUGAAGUUAGGAAUUCACUCUUUGGUAAUUUAUGCGAUAUUUAUGAAGGCAAAAAAAGAAGAAAAAGAAAAGAUACAUAUUACUUGAGGGUGUAGCUGCCCAGUCCAAUACAAAGACAGACAGACAGACAGACAGACAACAAUGGUAUACCUGCCCAACCAACUUAAAUGAAGUGAACUUACUGUCUAGUGUCUAAUGGCAAAUUCGAAAUAUCCGGCAAAAAUUCCAUACCUCAUUCAAUUCAUAUUCAUUCCCUUCCCUCUACUGCUGCCUUAACCAGCUCAGUUAAUUCAAAUUUCCCAAAAAUAUCUCCGCCAAUCUUCCUAUGCAAAUCAUUCAAAUCCUCCACCCCCAUCUCUCUCUCUCUCUCUCUCUCUCUCUCUCUCUCUCAGUGGAUGUAGUAGAUACAAACUAAAUGCUCAAAUUACUGGGUUUUAACUUUAAGCCUUAACCUUUCCAUAUGUAGAUAUUUAUUAUUUCCUUUGGCUUCUUGGUUCCUGCGUUCAAAUGGCGACGUCGGCGUUCAAAUCAACAACGAAGAGAACCCCGAUAGGAGCUUCAUCGUCGUCCUUGGACGACUCCGGCUCGUCCAAUCGGAGCUCGGCUUACCGCCGCUCUCGAAGUCUCAGCCGGUUCUCGCGCCGGUUACCUCCAUCGGGAGCUGAUGACUUUGAAUACGACGUUCCGCCUCCUAGAGGAAAGUUUGUGAACACGGUGAGGGGCUCGGGUUUCCCGGAGAUCAGCCUCGACGACCUCGCCAUGGAGUUCUUCGGCUCCGUCGACCGAGGACGCUCGGGUUCAAGGAGAUCUGAGAGCGUCCCUGCGAGUCAGUCUCUCGCGUCGUUGUCGCAGAGACGGGGGAGGUCGGUGUCGAGGCAAAGCUCGAGAGCGGGUGCAGAUGGGAGGGGCAAUGUGUGUAACAACUCCGGUGGAGGAAGGAUGGCUGCAGAAAGUAAUUCGAGGAGGCGACGUUCGGUUUCGGUGGUGCCGUGUCGGAUUAGCGAUUCCGAGAGUGAUAUAGACCAUUCUCAGAGUUAUAGCAAUUGUGCUAAUCAGAAGAGUUUUGGUAGCAGAAACAACCAAAUGCCAUUAUCCAAUGGGCCAGUAGUUUCAAAUCAAAGACAAGUGCUGAGAAGGUCUUUUAGUCAAAAAGAUCUCAAGUCCCAUGAUGGCUAUUCUAGCCAGUCUUCUGUCCUUACUGAUGAUGAAGGAAAGGAGGCUCAUUCUAGUAGAAGGGGGAUUGAGAAGAGAACACGAGCCGCUUCUACCCAAAAGAAGGCAGAGCGCCCUGCUGCAGAUGAUGUUGACAGCAAAUUGUAUGCAGCAAUGCGGGAAGAACUUAUAAAUUCUGUGGAGGAGAUCAGAAUGGGACUUGAACAAGAAGCAGCUAAAAUGAAAACCUCUUUUUCAGGAAGUGAUGAUUGCUUGCAACCAAAUAAUUCCGGUGCUCUUCAGACUGUUUCUUCAAUCAGAAAGAACUACUCAACAAUAUUGGAGCAGACAGAGAAGCGUAAAAAAGAUUUGUUGGCUAAAAUAGUGUUGGAGGAGCGUCGUGGUCGGGAGCUGUCUAAGAUUGUGAACAAAUUGCUUCCUGAUCCAAAGAAAACUGCUGUAGAAAAACCUUCAGGAAAUAGAAAGAGGAGUAAUGACAGAAGUAGGAUGUCAAAGCGAUUGACUGAGGAGGCAGAGAAGUAUAUUGAGGACUUCAUUUCUAACGUCAAGGAUACAGACAUUUCCUCUCUUGACGGAGAAAGGAGUGAUACAAACUCAUCUUUAGGAGGAGUUAUCAAGCUAGAAACUCUUCAAAGUCCAGCGGUAUCUGAUCCUCUUCCUGUAGAAAUGGAUGGGAUUGCACUGCCUUGGUUGCACUGGGAAGCUAGUAAUGAUGCCACUCAAUCAUGCAUGAGAAAGGCAGAGCCACCAGUAACUCCAAAUAGAUUACUGGAUGCAACCCAGGAAGUGUCCAGUGCACAAAAUCAAAGAAAUCAUUCUGCCAGCAGUUGUGGGAGUUGGAGCCCUGAAGUUACUCUUGGCCUAUCGAUGAAGAACAUAGGAGAAGAUAUAGGCCCCAAGAAUGGAGAACUUGGGGGCCAAUCUUGUUCUGGUGAAUCGAGAGGAUUAGGGCUUGAAAUGGACGAAUAUCUCAAGGCUCAAAGCAACGAAAAUUUUCUUUUCGAAAAAUGGAACCAGACUCAGAGAAUUAAUUCAGGUGGUCUGCUGCUUUGUGACCGCAUGUUCCUCGGGCUCUAAUGCCUUUCUAUUCGAGGUUAUUUUUCCCACAUUUUACUUCGUACAGAAAACGUGUUUUAUUCUUUCGGGAAGUUGUAGACAUUCAUUCAUUCAUCUUCGAGCAGUGUGCAUGCUGGACUUGUGUUCCUCUGUAUCCAAGUUGUAAUGAUUGUACGUCCUUGCAGCAGUGAUGGCAUUUGCUCUCUUUCUUAGGAGAAAUGCUCUCUUUCUUAGGAGAAAUGAGUUUCCAUACAGCGCAUACACUGUUAAGGGGGAAAAAAAAGACUGAUUAGUCAAAUUUUGUAAGGCAUGACAUAUUCAGUCACAUUGAGUCUGUUAUGGAAGCAACAUAUUUAAUACAUAAAAAUGAUAUUUAUAAUUA